GGAAUUCACACCUAUUAUAUAUUUUGUGUGAGACGUCUUGUUUUUGCAAAGAAGCAUAGAAAAAGUCUCCUUCACCAAUCUCUGUUUGUUUCUUUUGAUUCGACAUCUUCUCGCGCAUCUCCUCUUGUUUUCCUUCUCUCCUGCCAAUGGACGCGUUCGCAUCGUUCUUCGACUCCCAAUCGGCUUCAAGGAAUCGCUGGACCUACGACUCUCUCAAGAACUUCCGCCAGAUCUCUCCUGUUGUCCAGACUCAUCUUAAGCAGGUUUAUUUGACCUUAUGUUGUGCACUGGUUGCAUCUGCAGCUGGGGCUUACCUACAUAUCCUGUGGAACAUUGGUGGUCUUCUGACGACGUUUGCAUGUUUGGGAAGCAUGGCUUGGCUACUCUCCGUGCCACCUUAUGAAGAACAAAAGCGGGUAGCUCUGUUGAUGGCAGCUGGACUCUUUGAAGGGGCUUCCGUUGGUCCUCUGGUUGAUUUGGCCAUUGAAAUUGAUCCAAGCAUUUUGAUCACUGCAUUUGUGGGAACUUCAGUGGCUUUUGGUUGUUUCUCAGCAGCAGCUACGUUGGCGAGGCGUAGAGAGUAUCUUUACCUCGGUGGGUUGCUUUCAUCUGGCUUGUCCAUCCUUCUCUGGUUGCAGGUUGCAUCUUCUAUCUUUGGGGGCUCUGCAGCCAUCUUUAAAUUUGAGCUGUACUUUGGGCUUUUGGUGUUUGUGGGUUAUGUGGUGGUUGACACCCAGGACAUCAUUGAGAAGGCUCACCUUGGUGAUCUGGACUAUGUGAAGCAUGCUCUGAAUCUUUUCACUGACUUUGUUGCCGUCUUUGUGCGAAUCCUCAUAAUUAUGUUGAAGAAUUCAGCUGAGAAGGAAGAGAGGAAGAAGAAAAGGAGAAAUUGAGUUUGAGCUGGAGAGUAAUAAUGUGGUGCUUCUUCGACCCCUGGGCUGCAGUUAAAUGGAAUUUGUUGUCUAUAUGAUCUUUUUCUUAUCUGAGCCUAAUCAAUGUACCUGCUUUGGAACCAUGUAUCGACUAGUAAUGUUUUUUUUUUUUUUUUUUCCCAGGACUAAUUGUUAUGUUUGGAUAUAUCUGGUUUUGACAAUCUGCAUGCAGGGAAAGUUUAUACUGUCAUGACAUGGCUGUCAGCACCUGUACUUGUAUAAUUUGAAAUGCUGAUGACAAAAAAAGUUCAGCUGAUCUAA